AUGCUCAGAUCUCUUGACCAGACCAUGGAGUCCCCCAAUCACACAAAUCUGGAUUCUUCGGUUUUCUUCCUCCUGGGCAUCCCAGGUCUGGAACAGUUCCACUUGUGGCUCUCGCUCCCCGUGUGCUGUCUGGGCACAGCCACAAUUGUGGGUAACAUAACUAUUCUGGUGAUUGUUGCCACAGAACCAAGCCUGCACAAGCCUGUGUACCUGUUCCUGUGCAUGCUCUCAACCAUCGAUUUGGCUGCCUCCUUCUCCACAGUCCCCAAGCUACUGGCCAUCCUGUGGUGUGGAGCUGGACACAUCUCUGCAGCAGGAUGUCUGGCACAGAUGUUCUUCAUUCAUGCCUUCUGCAUGAUGGAGUCCACUGUGCUGCUGGCUAUGGCCUUUGAUCGCUACGUGGCCAUCUGUCACCCACUCCGCUAUGCCACUAUCCUCACUGACACUAUAAUUGCACGCAUUGGUGUUGCUGCUAUGAUGCGGGGCUCCAUGCUUAUGCUGCCGUGUCCUUUUCUCAUUAGGCGUCUGGAUUUCUGCAAAAGCCAUGUAAUACCACACACCUAUUGCGAGCACAUGGCUGUAGUAAAACUGGCUUGUGGAGACACCAGACCUAACCGUGUGUAUGGGUUGACAGCAGCGCUGUUGGUCAUUGGAGUUGAUUUAGUCUGCAUUGGUCUCUCCUAUAUCCUCAUCGCCAGAGCUGUCCUUCGCCUCUCAUCCCAUGAAGCUCGGACCAAGGCCUUAGGAACUUGUGGUUCACAUGUCUGCGUCAUACUGAUUUCAUACACACCGGCUCUCUUCUCCUUUUUCACGCAUCGCUUUGGCCACCAUGUCCCGCUCCAUAUUCAUAUUCUUUUGGCCAAUGUCUAUUUGCUCUUCCCUCCUGCUCUCAAUCCUGUGGUAUAUGGAGUUAAAACCAAAGAGAUUCGGGAAAGAGUUAUCAGAGUGUUUCAAAGGGGGUCAGAACUGGGGUAA